UGUCCUGACCAUGAUCAUCGCUGCCUGUGGUGUAAGGACGCCCUCGUGUGGACAAACAGUAGGACGAAGGAAACCAUGAUUUUCUGGACCGAGUGGAGUUGGUUGGUGACGGACUUCAAAUCGCUAACUACUGUCAAAGAUUUCUUAAUUUAGUUUAAUUAUUUGUGUUUAUUAAUAUUAUAUUACUGUGUAGUACAAUCUUAAAAUGACAGAGAAGUAACUACUCUACCAUUUGGAGAGUGGUAAACAAUAACAAAUGACAACAUCCACCCGGAUUGCUGAUGAAUGCCACAUUUGAUGUUCUGUUUGGUAGCAAAUCUAAAAUACUGCACAAAAUCAAAAAUCUCUCACCAACAGAUUGCCCUGAGAUCUUCUCUUUGACACAUUAUGCAUUAAAAACCUCUUAUAUAAAACACCUAAUUACUGAAACCCCUACUGUAAUGACCAUUAAUUCACAAUCACUUAGAGAAAUUAGAAAUCUAAUAUAUUCGUCCCCGCACCAAGUUUUUCCUAAUUGGCCCCAUGAGGGAGCCAUCUACGCACAUUUUGCCAGCUGGGGACAUCAGCUGUCAAUCAAACACCAUCUUUAUAACUAGCCGCAGAAGCUGCAUCAUCGCGUCUUAGGAUAAACCGGGAGACAGACAGGAGCUCCACUGUGAUCACUGAUCGUCAAUCAAUAUCUUCUAUGAUGCGAUUGUUUUCACAGGUUUAGAUUCAUUUUCUAAAAUACAGCUUUUCUGUUUGUGGAAGUUCUUGGAAGCUUUUUUCAUCUCCAGACUGCCUCGGACUUCUCCUCUCCUCUCAUAUCAGAUCACAAUCGUCUUGGGAAAGAUGGAUAAGUUGAGUGGGAACAAUGGGACUGUGUUGAAUAGCUCCAUAGACAAGUGGCCGUUCAAUGAGUACGGAUCUUUCCAGCAUUUUGACCCCGGAGAGCUCAGGGUCCUGGUGCCGGCUAUUCUCGGAGUCAUCUGCGUCUUGGGUGUGGCUUGUAAUCUCACCGCGAUGGUCAUCCUGUUCUCAAACGCACAUAAGGGCAAACUGUCUCUCAUCAACUCCCUCAUCUUCAACCUGAUGUUUGCCGACGGGCUGGUGCUGAUGUUCACGGUGCCUUUCAAGGCUGCCUCCUACUCCAAGGCUAGCUGGAACCUGGGCUGGAUGGUAUGCAAGACGGCCGACUGGUUCCUCCAGUCUUGCAUGGCAGCGAAGAGCUUGACAGUGGCGAUCAUGGCCAAAGCCUGCUACCGCUAUGUGUCAAACCCCACCAAGCAGGUGAGCAUCCACUUGGGCUCCAUCCUGGUGGUGCUCUUCUUCAUCUGGCUCUCCGCCUGCUCCGUCACCAUCCCUCAUUGGCUUUUUGCUACGCUGCACAGAGAGAUCCGGGGACUGGUGUGUGUUCUGAUGGUUCCCGCUGAAGCCCGUAAUUUCAUGUCGGUGUACAUCAAAGCAUACCCUCUGGCGGUCUACUGCGCACCUCUCAGCUUUGCCCUGAUGUAUUUCUGGAAGGCUUAUGGCCAGUGCCAGCGUCGCUCCAGCAAGACUCAGAACCUACGGGCUCAGAUCCGAUCCAGGAAGCUGACUUUAAUGCUUUUUAGCCUCACUGUGGCCAUGGCUAUCCUCUGGCUGCCGCAGUGGGUGGUAUGGGUUUGGGAGCGUCAUAGGGCAGAGACGGACACAGAAGGAGCUCGGUCCUUUAGCUCCUCUCCUCCACUUCUUCUGACCCUCUCUGCUCAGCUCCUCACAUUCUCUCUUUCACUGGUGAACCCCCUCAUCGUCCUCUCCCUCUCUGAGGAGUUCAGGGAGGGUUACAGGGGCCUGUGGAGGCGCCUCACCCUACGCAAACAAUCUCCACCUAAAGCAAAGCCUGGACCUCACAACCCAACCACUCUCAAGUCCCCUUGUCCCAGACCGGAGACAUCAGGCCAGCUGGGGAGGGAGUGUAGCCUUCAAUCGAGCUCCAUCAAGGAACCCAGCAGAGAAGCUCAGCCUCAGUCGGAGCAAGGUGGAGGAAGAGGAGGAGGGAAGGAGGCAGACAGGGUGAGCCUCAAAGAUGGGAUUGUCUUGCCUGACGUGGAGCAGUUCUGGCACGAGAGGGAGACCGGACUGCACACGGAAGAAAACGAUCCCGUGCCGUGGGAGCACCAGAACAAAGAGGAAAAAAAAUAACCAAUCUCCUGAAUGGACUGCUGAGAGUUGCGCCGUAAACCUGUGGUAUCCUGUCAACUGUGUUUAUGAUAUUAUUCAGAGGUAAGAAGUGAAACCAGUGCGAGCGUGGACUACAAAUAGAUUAGCAUCAUCUGUAUAAAUGAUAAACUUUGCAAUCAUGUCUUUACGUUGAUUACUGAAGCAGAACUGGAUUGUAAUUGUUUAUUUGUGACUGUAAAUUUAAGUUUCUGGUAAGCAGGACAUGGUAUACACUGUAUAGAGUACAGUAGAUGAUGUUAAAUAUAUAUACAUAUAUAUAUAUAUUCAGUGUUGCAUAUUAAAUCAAUAUAAUACGCAGCAGAUUUUAGUAUUGGGAUAUAUAAGACUGCCCUUCACUUAAAAGUUUAAACAGGAGAAUCUUAAUUGGAGGUUGGUGCUAAGACUAUAUUCUGGAGUUGAGUCAUUGUUUGUACGGUAUACUCAUUUAGAUAGGAAAGUGAUGUGGAAGUAGGUAUUCUUUUUGGUGUUUACUGCCCUCUUUCAGUGAAAGAUUAUUUUGUCAUAAUUGUGCAUCUGAAUGACAAGUGUUUACAAUAAAGACAACUGUCUAAAUGUA